UUUACAGCCCGAAAAGGCAGUCGUAUUCUCCAAUCGCUGACUCCCGAAGAGAGGUCUGAUGUAAUCAUAAGAAUCGCAAAUCUUUUGCAAACAAAAAAGGAUGAAAUUCUUGUCGCAAACGCCGCCGAUCUUCGAGAAGCCGAGGCUUCUGGGCUGUCAAAACCGCUGUUGUCUCGACUCAAACUGACGACAGAGAAGCUGAAAGACCUAUCGGAGGGAUUGAUCCAAAUUGCGGAUCAAUCGCAAGAUGUUUUGGGUCAGUGUUUGCGCCACACAUUGAUCGCAGAGGGAAUGCAUUUGAAACAGAUAACAGUGCCGUUGGGGGUACUGUUGGUUAUAUUCGAGUCACGUCCAGACUGUCUGCCACAAGUGGCCGCCCUAUCCAUAGCCACCGGAAACGGUCUGUUAGCCAAAGGCGGCAAAGAAGCGGUCCAUACAAACAACUGUCUCUAUAAUCUGAUUCGUGAGGCGCUCUCGCAUUACGAUUCGGCCGAGAAUGCCGUUGGGCUGGUGAGCAAUAGGGAGGACGUGAGUGAGUUAUUACAGCUCGACAAUAGUAUCGAUUUAGUGAUACCCCGAGGCUCUAACGAAUUGGUUAAAGACAUUCAGACACAGAGCCGAUCGAUACCAGUGUUGGGUCACAGCGAAGGCAUUUGUCAUGUGUUUGUCGAUAUCGACGCCGACAAGAAUAAGGCGCUCAAAAUCGUGCUGGACUCAAAAUGCGAUUAUCCGGCGGCUUGUAAUGCAAUGGAGACAUUGCUAUUGCAUAAGUCACUCAUUGAUAGCGAAUUUUUUGUCACACUUUGUAAUCAAUUAAAAGAGAAAGACGUCGAGAUCUAUGCCGGCCCUCGUCUGUCCAAAAAGCUAACCUUUGGUCCGCCGCCCGCCAAGUCUUUGCGUACAGAAUAUGGUUCCCUCGCCUGUACUGUAGAGAUUGUAGACGACGUGAACGAUGCCAUUGAACACAUCAAUUCAUACGGAAGCGGACACACGGAUAGUAUUGUCACUGAAGAUGACUUAACGGCACAUCAGUUCCAAAAGGGUGUCGACAGCGCCUGUGUUUUCCACAAUAGCAGCACUCGUUUCGCUGAUGGAUAUCGGUUUGGUUUAGGCGCUGAAGUCGGCAUAUCAACCGGUCGUAUACACGCCAGAGGACCGGUUGGAAUGCAGGGAUUGUUGACUACCAAAUGGGUUAUUAAUGGCACUGGAAAUACGGUAUCGGAGUUUGCGACCGGAGAUAACCGCUAUAAACACGAACCCUUGCAGUUGGAGAGCUUUGAGUGAUUGCUGACAAUUACAUUACUUUCAUUAAAAUGCC